AUGCUAACUGGGGGUGGUACAUAUAAGCGUAAAAGGUUUACUGAGGAGGAAUUCCCAAGAGAGGCCACUUCUCCUAGUUAUGCUUCCUAUCUAGAGACACUUAUGCGUGAUAGUGCACCCCCACCAGCAGUUGGCACUUGUCCUCAACCAAGGAGGAAAGGGUUUGAUGAAGAACCUGCUUUAGCAAGAGACUCGAGUCAACAUGACAAGCCUUAUGUGGAUAAGUUGCAAGAUAGCUAUCACGGCACUGACAGCUGCUACGACCAUGGGUAUGACGGGACUGAGAGGCUUAGUGGAUGUAAUCGUGCUGAUUUUCCACCUGAUGAUUCUGAUUAUGACAGAGGUGGUAAGAGAGAUGAUAGUUGGAAAAGGUGUGAUUCCCGUGAACGUGAUAAAAAGAGUUUGAGUCGAGAGAGAGAUCAAUCUGAUUAUGACAGAGGUGAUAAGAGAGAUGAUAGUUGGAAAAGGCGUGAUUCCCGUGAACGUGAUAAAAAGAGUUUGAGUCGAGAGAGAGAUCAACCUGAUUAUGACAGAGGUGGUAAGAGAGAUGAUAGUUGGAAAAGGAGUCGAGAGAGAGAUCAAUCUGAUUAUGACAGAGGUGGUAAGAGAGAUGAUAGUUGGAAAAGGAGUCGAGAGAGAGAUCAAUCUGAUUAUGACAGAGGUGGUAAGAGAGAUGAUAGUUGGAAAAGGCAUGAUUCUCGUAAACGUGAUAAAAAGAGUUUGAGUCGAGAGAGAUAUCGAUCUGAUUAUGAUAGAGGUGGUAAGAAAGAUGAUAGUUGGAAAAGGUCUGAUUCCCGUGAACGUGAUAAAAAGAGUUUGAGUCGAGAGAGAUAUCAAUCUGAUUAUGACAGAGGUGGUAAGAGAGAUGAUAGUUGGAAAAGGCGUGAUUCCCGUCAACGUGAUAAAAAGAGUUUGAGUCGAGAGAGAGAUCAAAGUCCGCGAAGGAGAUGCCGACAUUCUUGUUCACGUGGAAAUGAUGAUCGUCAGAGAUCAAAGUCUCCUCGAGGUUACAGCCACCAUCGAAGUUACCUGGAGGACAGCUAUGAUGUAGGCCGGCACAGUAGUACUGGAAAGUUAAUGAACCGUGAUGACGGACGAAUUCAGGACCAUUCUAAAGUGGUUCCAUCUGUGACAGUUGUGGUGAAGGGUUUGCCAGAGAAGACAACCAAGGAAGAUCUUUAUCGGAUCCUGGUAACGGCUCGUAAGAUGGUGGAUGGAAUUGGAGAUGCUGGUCUUGUUGUUGAUGGGAGAAGUCUUCUAUUUCAGUUCAGUCAUCGAAAAAUGUGUUUACAACAGACAGCAGUAGUAGCAGAUGUGGUUCAAAAGAAGAAGUAA